AUGGCAGGAAAACGCAAGUCUAAUAUCGGCUCGGGUGAAGAUAUCUUGGAUAAUCAAUCUGAGCGUGCGCCAAAAGUCAGUCGUACAGCUUUGAGUCCUGAGGUGACCACCUCCGGCCAGAGAUUUGGCGAGUCUGCCGACUUUAUUCCAUUGAAUCAGCUGUCGCAGGUAGUUGGUGCCGAUGAAGACGAUGAAGGUGCCCUUGAGCUUGUUCAAGGAUCCCAGGAAAUAGAUGAAUCCUCUUUGACGAGCUCCAUUCUCUAUGGUGUUGUAUCUACAAAGAUUGUGGGUGUGCGCUUUUACCGGGGGCGUGCCAACCCUAAUGAACGUGUCAUCAUAAUCCGGGAUGCCAAUAACCAAUAUGAUCGCAAUGCCAUCCGAGUCGAGAAUGUUAUGGGUGCCCAAAUUGGCCACAUUCCCAGACAGGUUGCCGCCAAACUAGCGCCAUACAUGGAUGCUCGUGAUCUCAUUCUUGAAGGGGUGCUGACUGGUGCGAUUGGAGAUUUUACAUGUCCAAUGGAUGUGAAGCUGUUUGGAACCCGUGAUCCCACCAAACGAUCCGGUCUGAAAGAACGAAUGCAGAAAGACAGGCUUCCUGUCCGUGACUUGAAUCAGACAGAGCGCGAUGAAAAUAAGGCACAGAAGGAAGCCGAGAAACGGCGCAAAGAAGCUGCGAAAGAGGCCGCAAAGAAAGCUCGCGCUAUGGCCCUUGGAAAAGCGGCAGCGCAGUGGCAAGCCAACGAUAAGUCUGAGUACGCAAAUCUCUCGUCCGCAACGGGACUUGGCGGCGAACAGAAUGAAAGUCUGGAGGAGCUUCUCAACCAGAGCUCCACCUUCAACCCCCGGGAUAUUGGUCAGGUUGUGGAAACCUUCGGACAGAAAGAGUCUGACCUGGCCAAUAUGCCAAUGGUUGAGACUCCAGCUGGCCUUUCCACUCAGUUGCUUCCAUAUCAGCGCCAAGGCCUGGCUUGGAUGAUAAAGCAAGAGGCGCCAAAGCUCCCUGAGAAAGGCUCUGAUGAUAUCGUGCAAUUAUGGAAACGGCAAAAUAAUGACUUCCUCAAUGUUGCAACUAAUUAUGCCAUGACCACCCAGCCAACUCUGGCUAGCGGCGGCAUUCUUGCCGAUGACAUGGGUUUAGGGAAGACAAUUCAAAUCAUAUCUUUGAUUCUUGCAAAUGCCAAGCCUCUGACUGCAGGCUCUUCUAAGGCUACACUGAUCAUUGCUCCUGUUGGUGUCAUGAGCAAUUGGAGGAAUCAGAUUCAAGACCAUGCUCAUAAGGAGACCGCCCCGAGCGUCCUGAUUUAUCAUGGCUCUGGGAAGAAGGAGGCUGCAAACUUGGCAAAUUAUGAUGUUGUGAUUACCAGCUACGGAGCCUUGAGCCUGGACUUCAAUCCAAAGUCUAGCAAGCCGCCUUCCAAAGGACUGUUUUCGCUGCAUUGGCGUCGUGUUGUGCUUGACGAAGGUCACACUAUCCGAAAUCCUAGUUCAAAGGCCUCUCUUGCGGCGUGUGGUUUACGGGCUGACUCUCGUUGGACCUUGACUGGAACGCCCAUUAUCAAUACUCUUAAGGAUUUGUACUCGCAGAUUCGUUUCCUUAAGUUUUCCGGUGGCCUGGAAGACCUGGGAAUUUUCAACAGCGUCUUGAUCAGGCCUUUGACUGCAGGAGAACCCGAGGCUCGACUACUUCUCGAGGCUCUCAUGGGUACCAUCUGCUUGCGACGAAGAAAGGACAUGGGCUUCAUCAACCUGAAACUACCGGAGAUGACCUCUCGUAUCAUUCGAAUCAAGUUCAAUGCCCACGAGCAGGAGAAAUACAGUGCUUUCCAAACCGAAGCUCAAGGUGCUCUGCUAGACUUCAAAGACAAAGAUGGAAAAACUAAAUAUUCUCAUCUUCUCGAGGUCAUUCUCCGUCUUCGUCAAGUCUGCAACCACUGGGCACUUUGUAAAAAUCGCAUCGACAAACUCAUGGGCAUGCUGGAGGAACACAAAGUUGUGCCUCUAACCCCCGAGAACGUCCGGGCCCUACAAGAGAUGUUGCAGCUCCAAAUCGAAAGCCAGGAAAUGUGUGCCAUUUGCCUUGACAAUCUCGAACAACCCGUUAUAACCGCGUGUGCUCAUGCCUACUGCCGAGGCUGCAUCGAACAGGUCAUCGAACGCCAGCACAAGUGUCCCCUUUGCCGCGCCGACAUCACCGAUACCAAGACACUGGUCUCUCCAGCCGCCGAGCUGGGCGAAGACACUGACAUCGUUGAAGCCGACCCCAACAGCCCUAGCAGUAAAAUUGAGACCCUAGUGAAGAUUCUGACUGCUCAGGGCCAGGCACCUGGCACAAAGACCGUGGUGUUCAGCCAAUGGACCUCAUUCUUGAACCUCAUCGAGCCACACCUUCAACAGCGGGGAAUUAAGUUCGCCCGCGUGGACGGCAAAAUGCAGUCCGUGGCACGCGAUAACUCCAUCAAUUCCUUCUCCAAUGACCCCGAGUGUACCGUCCUCCUCGCAAGUCUGAGUGUUUGCAGCGUUGGGCUCAACCUCGUUGCGGCGAAUCAGGUCAUCCUGUGUGAUAGUUGGUGGGCACCGGCUAUCGAGGAUCAGGCUGUUGAUCGGGUAUAUCGACUUGGGCAGAAGCGGGAAACGACAGUUUGGAGACUAGUUAUGGAGGAUAGUAUCGAGGAGCGGGUGUUGGCGAUUCAGGAGCGCAAGAGGAGUCUCAUGCUUGCUGCUUUCCGGGAGACAGCGAAAAAGAAGGCUGAGGACCGAGGUACUCGUGUUGCGGAUCUUGAGUCUCUUUUGCAGUAG